UCUUAAAUUUUAUUUUAAAAGACAGAAAAUGGUUCGAUGGCUACCUCUAGAAUCAAAUCCAGAUGUAAGGUUAAACCUUGUACUUUUAUUCGAUUUCAAGUCAUUUUUGUUGCAGCACAUUGUGAGUUGUCUUUUUCGUUCUCUUUAUUCCUCUUGAAUUGUCCGUGCCGUUCCUGAUCCUGCUAAGGUCAUGAACAAGGUAAGCCUGUUGUUAAUAAACUAUUUUUGAAGCUGUUAUGAUUCAUCCGUUUGGGAAUCAAGUUGUGUUGAAAUGAUAAGAUCUUGACUGCUUAUCAUUAAUCAACUCGAAUCCCCUAGCUUUAAUUUUCAACUACUGUAGCCUUGGGUGUUGUUAUUCUAGGAAAAUCACUAACAUUUCAGUUUCCAAGAAAAAUUCUUUCGCUACUUUUUAGAAUGUAACUAGAUUUACUUUUCUGAUCUUUUAAAAUGAUUGGCCAGGUUAAAAUUAAAAUUUUGAAUGUAUUUGUGUUGGCAUGUAGCCUCUUACGGUGUGAAUGAUACUCAGCUAGAACAGAAUGUCAACUACAUGCGAAACAGGAAGUGCCUGCCUCUAGUCAUCGGUCACCAUUCUAAUACCAAUACUCCCAUUAUUAUGUUUGAGGCAACAGUUUUGGGGGACCUCUGAUAAAAUCAGACAUUUCCGCAAAUAUUUCAGGGAUAUAUGUGCUGGACUUGACUGAAUCCAGUCCCUUGUUCUCAGAUGUUCAAAGACCUUAAAGGUUUCUCUGUGGGACCACAUAAUUUUGUGCCAGUCAACUGAUGUCAUCACCUGUUAUCUAGAACAUGGCUCUGAUUUUUGGAAAGACAAAUUGUUUUGUAGCAUCCCAAAGGAGAGUGAGUCUCUGAUCAAUGGAUGUUCUCAGCUUGAAGACCCCUCUAGCCCCUAGCUACAGACUAACUGUGCUAACUUAAAGCCAUUAUGGGUGGCAGGAAAAAUGUCUCUUAGUUGUCAAAAGGGUUAACUUCUGGGCAUCCUACAUUCCUCCUUACGCACAUUCCUUUUACUCCUCUGCUUAUAUUCUUGCACAGAGCAAUGAUGCUCUUCCCCCACUGUCAGAUAUAGCAAGAAAAAAAAGAGAAGAAAAGAAAAAAGUGGUCAAGUUAAAAACAAAGUUUAUGUUUAUGAGCUUCCCACAUCAUUUCCGGUGAAAAGUCUAGGAAACAACAUGUGAAAUGAAUUUUUACAUAUUUUUAAGGUCUUGCUUUUUUCUUUCAUUUUCCAUCACAGUUUGUCAAUAAUCUUGGUCUGAAGCCAAGUUGGAGUUUUGUUGAUGUCAUUGGCCUGGACCCUGAAUUACUGGCAAUGAUACCACAGCCAGCUUGCGCCCUUUUGCUUCUCUUUCCAACAAGUGACAAGGUACUGUUUCACUUUUCAGUUUAACAAAACAACAACAAUUUUGCAUGGUUCGUUCUCUUAUCAUCUAUAGAAAUGUCUGUCCAAAUGUGCAAAACACAAGUGAAACCACAAGGCAAAUGGUUUCACUGAGUAGUUUUUUAAUCAUUAGCAUCAUUUCUAUGGUUGAUAAGAUCACAGACCAAAGAAAAAUGUUGUUGACUUGUUUGUUUGUUUUUGCAUGCACGAAAGAGGAAACCAAUUUGCAUCACCACCACUUCACUUUCAUUGCCUGUACUCCCACUGAACAUAGCUCACAAUCUUAUGCCAUGGACUAGUUAGGAAAAAUCUGUUGCCACCACUGGUCCUCUUUCCAUGAUAAGUGUAGUUAACUUGUCAAGUUUAAUAAAUGAUAUGUCCUAAGCAGAUAGCGAAGAUAUAGGUCCACAAACCAGGGGGUUCAUUAAGGGCCAGGCACCGGGCAAAUUGACCGGCUGUGAACACGACUUUGCCCGGCUGCUUUACAUCUCAAAGAACUUCUUUUUAAUACAAGGAACGAUCAAAAACAGUUUUAAGUUACAAUCGUGCCCUUUUCUUGAUGAGUCUUAUCGAGUGUAAAACAUACUUUGCCGGCAAUUUCCACUUUAUUACACGCGGAAUGAAAUCCCCUCAUUCAUUAAAUGUGUUAAAAACAAGAAUCGCCCCAUAACAGAUUGCGAAAAGAACUGUGAUUCAUAAAUGACCACUUGAAAUGUAUCAGUGUUGCGAGCACGUGAGCAUGGCGGCCCAGAAAAGAACGCGUUCGAUAGCGGAUUAUUUUUCGGCUUCAACCAAAGGGCCUCCAGUAGAGAAAAGGCCAAGAGGUGAGUAGACUUCUUUGUGCUUUAACCUUUUACUUGCCUGUAUAUAGUGAAUGGCUUAAUCAUCAUGUUCAACAAAGCGAAGCGUGAUUUUUUAUUCGUCUUAUGGUUUACGCCAAUGAAUUAAUUUUCGGUGCGUUCACGUUAAAACAAUGCUCCUACCGUCUAGUCAUUGAAAUUUUAAAGAUAAGAUGUAGGCUCUGACCCUGACUCUGAUAACGGCUCAGAUGCUGACAGUGACUUUGAGUAAAGAUUAUUAUGAGCAGAGCUAUUAAAAGAGAACCAAAAAGUCCAAUUUGUGUGGUGGGUAUUGGUAUCAAAUCAUGAUUGAAUUGUCUAGAAAAGUUAUCUUUUUUUGGUUGUUGAAAGUCAUUUUCUGCAGCUUCAAAAUGCAGGAAAACACAUCCCUGCGACUAUAGAAUUUCAAAAUUUUCUGGGGGAACAUGCCCCCGGACCCCCCUAGGGGGCAAGGCCCUCCAGGCCUUGCCAAUUCUUUGCCCGGGUGUCAAACUCAGUUGCCCUACUGUUCAAAACCUUAAUGAACCCUCUGUUGGGACAAUUUACAGACAAAAAUAGGUUGAGUUUGAUCGUCCGCAUGAACGUAGUCCGGCCACGUAGUCCUGAAUAGGACUGUUGUUGUUGACAGUGACUGACGUUUCGACAACCUGUGCGGUAGUCAUCUUCAGAGUCAAAGUGAGUUGUAUCACGUCAGUUGAUGAUAUUAUACUCUGGUUAUUGAUCUGAUUGGUCAAUUACGUUGCGAUGUUAUUGGUCGUCUGUCAGUUAAGCCGUGAUGUUAUUGGCUAUGAAGACUCGUAAUCAGUAAUAUUGGUGCGUUUCAAUCUGUCUAUUGUCACAGUUAAACAGUCGUCUAUUGUUAGUCAAAUUGUCAGUUCUCCAGUCGUUCUCUCGUCGUUAUUUUUGCUUGAUCGCGUCAAUAAGUCGUUUGUACAAUUUACAGACAUUUGUAUAGUGGGGGGCAAGUUUGUGCUCCCCACCAUACAAAUGUCUGUAAAAUUUUGCAACUUUGAGGUCAGCUAUACCUUUGUUAGUUUUCAACAAAUCACCUUCAGACUUGGCAAUUUCACUCAUUUUAAGGUGUUCUUUCUAGUGGUGGCAAUGGAUUCCAUGUCAAAAGUUUGAAAACACCAUAGAAAGGUCUAUUAAAGAGCCCCUGGAAAAUGUCCCUUAGCCCCCUACCCUUUGAGGGCUGACUGCUGACCAGCAUCAGUUGAAGUGUGACCUUGCCUUCAUUACAUUAAGCCAUAUUUUAAGGGAGAUAAUGAUUGCCGUAUUGUUUUUUUUGUUGUGUUGAGUGAAGAGUAGCUGUUGGAGAUAGAUGUAGGACCAAUCAAAAACAUUCCCUUAAUACUAUUUUUAAACAUGUUUUUACCUGUUAUUUGUUUUAUUAAUAUUUUUGGUUUGCAGUAUCAGGAGUUCAAGAAAGAACAAGAAGACAAAGUUUUGAAGAAUGGACAGGUUUUUUUUAAAUAAUUACUUUUAAAAGAGUGGUUGUGAUAUCGUUAUCCACUUCUAUGAAAACAGUAACUAUCUUCAUAGAGCCUUUAAAACCUUUAAAGGGUUGUUAUAAUUUGUCUACAGAAUUUAUGCAUGCCAAGGAGUUAUGAAGAACAGUUGAGCAAAAUUAAUUAGCGUUAGUAUCCCAUACUGAUGUUCAAGAGGGAAAGGUCUUGAGUCAUGCAGAAAAAUCAUUCAAUCAUUAUUCAAGUGUUUUUGUGUGGCCAUGACAUUGAUCAUUGUUGUCUUUAGGAAGUGAGUCCCAAUGUAUACUUUAUGAAGCAGACUAUAGGAAAUGCUUGUGGAACAGUAGCCAUUAUACACUCCAUUGCUAACAACACAGAUGUACUAGAGCUUGGUAAGGAUCAAUAUUUAUACCCCAUGGAGAGGUACAUUCAUCAGGGCACCUUACAUAAUUCAUGUGAUGGUGCAAUUUUGCCCAGUCAACUUCAGAUGGCACCCAGUUGCAUAAUCAACAACAAAUAUCAUCAUAAAUUUAAAGAUAAAAUGCAUACCAAAUUUUACUGUAGACUUUUCCUUGUUACAACAAAGGAAAAAGGAGGUGUUUGUACAGAGGCUAAUUUGAAGGCUGUAAAAAAGGUGGAGAUGCUCUGGUUUUGUGAUUUAUUCAUAUAUUAAAGACAGCCAUUUACAGUAGUUAAAAGAGAUGCAAAGUUCUAUCUAGAUAUGUGAAGGGGAUACCAUUUGUCAAUCGAAGAUAUACAAGAGGGGUACCUUUUCUGUCCAAAAUGGUUUUAAUAAUAAAGGGGUAAGGGCACACUUGUCCUAAGGGCGCUUUUCCCUGGCUCUGGAGGUUGGGGUAAGGGGUUAAGCCUUGGGACCGAGCCUCCCUGUAUGAAACUUUAUUUAAUAUCAUGCAGUGGUGCAUCCAGACCUUCAGAUAAGCGGGGGUGGAGGUCAUGCAGACCCUGAGAUAAGGGUGGGGGGAACAGUCUCAAUAAAAUUUUUUUGGCCCUUUGGGCCUCAGUUUGGUCUAAAAAUAAGGGGGUCGGGCCCCCAGGCCCCUCCCUUGGAUCCACCACUUUUGUGCCCCACUUCUGGGAUCUUACCCUAUGUGAUGUUGAGUGUAAUGAUUUCUUUUAUCCUACAUAAUGUAAUAGAGGAAGGCUUUCUCAAGCGAUUUAUAGAAUCUACCAAAUCAUUGUCACCUGAAGAAAAAGGAGCAAAGCUGGAGAGUGACGAGGUUGAAACAAAAUUUUAUGCUUUGUCUUUUUAACUAUAAUUUUUUUAUAUAAAAAUGGAAAGUGCACUUAGCUUAUCCAGCUAGUUUAGAGGCACUCCACUCAAAUACUUAGAAACAAAUAAUUCAAAUAAUAUUAUAACAUAACAGGAUUAAACACCCCAACUGACAAGAGGCAACCAGUUGGCCAUUUACAAGCGUGGCCGAGGAUUUGAACUCGGGACGACCGAGAACAAAUCCAGCAAGUGGCCAGAGUGGGACUUGAAUCUGAGACCGCCGGAUGGUGAGUCUGACGCACUGAUCACUCGGCCAAGCUGCCUCCUUGCGUCCUUGCGAUAAAAGAUGAAAGGCGCUCUUUUGAGCCGCUUCAACGGAUUUUUGCCAACUAAGUCCUGCUGGGUCUAUUAUUUUCUCACUUAAUUAUUACUCAAUUUCAACCUUUUCUUUCUUUCUAGAACAUAAGUGAGGCACAUGAAGCCUGUGCACAAGAAGGGCAAACAGAGGUAAAACUUUCAAAUAUAUAUUUUUCUUACAAAAAGUGGCCUAGGAUGAAAUUGAUGCUAAAAUCCCUAAUGAUCAUAAAGAGAAUCCGAGCGGAGCAGAACUGUUACUACAAAGGUACCUUCACAAACAGCCCCUAUAGGGGUUCCACCAGUAGGGUGGGGGGUAUGCAGGGGCAUAGCUACACAUUUUUUUAGGGUACACAUCUUUAAGAGGCAUUGUUCCUUUAAAAAUUUUGAAAACACGAUACUGGGAAAUGCUCAUGUGCAGCCUACCAUUCGGUACAAUGCCCAUUCCUUUCGCACAGUGGUUGAUAAAGCUUUUCUUGUUUAAUUCGCAAAGAUGUUGAAGCCCAAUGUGUUAAAUGAUGCAACCUGGUCAUCCUGCUUGCCUUCCGCCCUUAACCCCCCCACCCUCAACGCUUUUUUUUACAUUAGAUUGACAUUUCGUUCACAUCUUAGGUAAAACCAUUGUUUUUUGUUUCAAAAAAUCUAUAACUGAAUGAAAAAAAAAGUUUCAUUACUUCAGACGUUUCUUGUCUUUUUCGUUAAUCUCUCACAUUAUUUUUCUCCGUAAUUCUGGCGCGUGCCUGCUAGUGGUGUAUGCAACGGCCACAAAACUUUCCCCGACCACCAGCCCGUAUAUUUAUAGAGAUUGAAACCUUAAAGUGAUGUGAUGGGACUCUUUGCACCGCAAUGGCAAUGACAAGAGGUACUUACUAUUCACAUGGGAAAUUCUGUUUCGUACGCUUAGGCCAAUAUGGGCUGUGAUUUGAGGCGAUGUAAUUUUUCUACUCUUUUUAGCCUGUUCAGCUGAUUUGGAUAUACUUUGUAGCGUGUCGUUCUCCCACCACGUCAAUUUUUAUAGUUUUAUGUUUAAAUACACAAGAUUUUCACCCAGGUGGAUUGUGUAAAUGGUAGCCAUCGUGCUUGCCCACCGUCCAAUUUCCCCCAACCGUGCUACAUAAGAUUAACACUUCGUUCACCUUUUAGGUUCAGCUCGGUGAAAACCAACGUUUUUCUCGGGUGUUGUGUUGAACUCGGUGCAACUCUGGCUGAAUAAAACACAUUACAAUGCUCACAGAGAAAUUUUCAUUGCGUAAGUCAGACUAAUAGGGACCUCAGAAACGUUUUUCGCAAACGCAGCGAUACAAAAAUCAGUGGGUGUCUUUCGGCCCUCGUCUAACUAAGCUAACCGGUGCAGUCAACAGUAGUUAUUGGGCAUAGAAAUAUGACCUUGCUUGUAACAUAAAACUAUAAGAAAAGGUUAUAGCUCUGUAUUCAUUCGCGAAUGUCUUUUUUUCAGACGCCGUCUGCUGAGGACCAUGUGGAUCUCCAUUUUGUUGCCAUCGUUCACAAAGAUGGAAGCUUGUAUGAACUAGGUAAGCGCUCUUGAACCUUUUAAGCGUAACCCAGUGUAUCCUGCAAAGUGAGCUUAUAAUCCAUGGCACCCCUAGGCUUAUCAUUGAGUUUAUAAGAGGUUGGAGCCGGAUGAAGAAAGGGAAACGUAUUUGGGAAAGGGUCUUAAUAAACGAGACUCAGUGGCGUUAAAGAUAAAUUAAGUCUACCCAUGAACCCGAGUUUUUUCUCCAUUUAAUAAUAUUUUAUUUAUGAAGUUUGGUAACCAAACAUCAAAGAAUUGUGUUAAUUCCGGUAUGUGAUGUUCCAGAAAUGCAGUAGAAUUCUUAGCCUGAAAUUCAUCCGAUUGCUUCGAGUCGUUUUCUCCUCUCAACUGAGGGAGUAAACGACUCGAAGUAAUCGGAUGAAAUUCGGCUAUAGAAUUCUUUACAUGUAUGUCUUCACAAUUGUUGUUCGGCCCUCUCCUUGCGUCAUACUUUCAAAACUUUCCAUUGUAAAGCUUUUUAAAAGCUUUUAUCUUACUGGUACACAAGGAGGACUGGAGGGAGGUUAUAUCUUUAUUAUCGCUGCUCCGUAACCGGAUAGAGUUUUUAGUGCUCUGUGCGUUAUUUUGAAGUGAUAUCUCGGGUUCAUUUCAGCUUAGGGAGGCUGCUGUGAUUCUGGUUUCUUAUGAAACCUACUUCGUCGGUCCUAUAUGCCCUCAAAAACCUUUUAUUUAACCCAUUCCACAGAUCUUCAGUGUUCUUUUCGAGACUUUUUUUAAAAGAUCAUCAUAGAUUUAUAAUCAGGAAAUUUAAAUUAACGUAAAGCAAAGACUUUAAAUGAAUGUUCUCUUUUAGAUGGAACAAAAGCAUUUCCAAUAAAUCAUGGAAAAACUACAAAAGAUACAUUCUUGCAGGCAAGUAUCAACUCAAAAUAACUUUGUCGUGUUUGUUUUAGAUGGGAGAAAAUCAUUUCCUAUCAAUCAUGGAAAAACUUCGAAAGAUACAUUUUUGCAGGCAAGUGGUUUUAGUGGCAGAAACAACUCAGUGUUUUCAGUAACGACAAUGAAUAGGCGAGAAUACCAAGUCUUUGCUCCUGGUAUUUGUGGAGAGAAGGCAAUUUUUAUCUUUUGA